ACACAGAAACCAAUUCUGCUUGGGAAAGCAAUUCAUGUGUUUGUGUGUGUAUAUGAAAUAAAUGGGCACAUGUGAACAAGUUAAAGAAGCUGAUGAUGUAGAAACAGAUUAUUUGAGUAGUUUGCAGUGCUGGUGUGACUUUUGAAGUGUUUCAAGCAUGUGUGAAUGCAGUGGCCAACAGGGAGCCUAGUUUUGGUGAGAUAAUGAGUCCACAUGUGGGAGGGCUCCUGCACUAAGUGAACACAUGGUGGGGCAAGUGGAGUCUUUACAAAGUCUGUUGGCUGAGGAGAUUUUAGUUGUGUGUCUGAAUGGUUGUAACGAUGGGCAUAAUAAAGUCAAGUUAUGUCUGGAUUCUAGGCAUAAAGAACAGACUGUAGCCCCACAAGUUACUCUGUACUAAGCUGAGACGACCAUGAGGGCAACUGGACCCUCCUCUGCUAUAAUUCAGCACCUGAAAGCCUUGGGCAUCAAAAUCCGCCUGCCGAAGAAAGUCCCCAGUCCGGAUGUGCAGAGAAAGACUUCCAGCCAUGGCCUCUUCGGGACCCCCUUGCACUGCCUCCCACCCUGUAACACAGAAGAAAACAUCCCACAGUUUGUGGUUGAUACCUGCCAGUUCCUCAGCUCUCAUCUUGGUACAGAAGGACUUUUUCGGAAAUCUGGCUCUGUAACUCGUAUCAAAACACUAAAGGCUCAGCUGGAGUCAAAGGGAUGCAGUUUGGAGUCUGCGCAACCAAGUGAUGUUGCUGCUUUGUUGAAGCAAUUUUUCCGGGAGCUUCCGCAGCCUCUUAUACCUCUGGAGCUGCAGGAGCCUCUCUGUCAGAUUCAAGAAAUGCCGAGUGAUAAGAGUAAAGGAUCAGCCACAAUCUUGGUGACGUGCCUUCUCCCUGCCAUACAUGUGGGAACCCUAAAAUAUUUCUGCACCUUUCUUCAGAGGGUAGCGUCCAGGUGCAGUGAAAACCGGAUGGAUUCAUCUAAUCUGGCUGUAGUUUUGGCUCCAAAUCUUUUUGCAAGCACAGGGUUGGGUGAAAGGCUGACGCAAAGUAAUGAAAGGCAACUCCAACUUCAGACAGCCGUCAUGCAAACUCUGAUUGACAAUGCCAGCAAUAUAGGACAGCUUCCUUCAUUUAUUCUUAGCAAGAUUCCUCUGGCACAUGAUGCUGAAGAAGAGUCCGUGACCCCCAGUGGAGGAGUAAAUCGGCGAAGGCGCAGGCGGAGCAUGAGUGGAUUUGUUAAUGAAGCACUCAGUAAAUUAAAGCCAGGGCGAGGUGCAUCCGUCAAUGUCCUAGACCAAGCUACUGGUGAAGAGGGGCAACAUGAAAGAUACAAAAGCAAGCGUAAAGCAUCUGAGGACUCUGGGAGUGGGGAGCAUUGCACAGCCAAGAAACGAAAGUCUUUGCGAGAUAUUACAGAUGAAAAAUUAUAUAACGAAAACCUAUGUGAACCCGUGAGCUCCGUGUCUCCAGAGAGAGUUUUCAUAGAUGCUUCACCAGAAUAUCUGUCAAGUCCCAGCACACCUCUAAAGCUUAGCACAGGGUCCCCAGCCAUACCAGCAACUCCUGAAUCAGCCCCCCGGGGACAGAGGGUAAGGGGCAAGCGGAAAGAGAACAAACGACUAAAGCGGAUGCAUUCUGGCCACAUCUGUGUGUCUCCUGCUCAACUGGAGAGAAAGGAGAAAGUCCGUAGCUCUAUGCGUCUCUUCCAUCGGACGCGUGUUUCCAAAAAACCGACUCUUGAUGGAAAGAACCUGGAGACUAGUGGUUGGAACCUGAUGAAAAGAAUGGUAGCAGAAGCUCUAGAAGGACCUAUCUUUAAUGGCAGGGAUUUUCGCGUUGCCCCUUUGUCUUUAAAAGUAUCUGGGCAAAUGGUCCCUUUGAUUUCUGAGGAUUCUAAUUAUAAACACCCCACAUCCCCUCCUUGUUUAAGAUCCUCUCCAUUCUGGAAGUCUACAGGAAGAAGCAGGGAGAAGUCAGAAACAUCAUCUUCUGCAAAGCAGAAAAGAACUCUCCGCCGCUCUCUCAGUAUGCCAGAAAAAUUGGGAGAAGGUACAGGCGCAGAAGAGGGUCAAGAACGCACAAUCCAAAAUGAAGAUGCUUUCUCUUUCACCCAGGAGCAAGAUGGCAUCUUAAAAUUAAGGGCUGAGGAGAGCUCAGAGUUAAAGACAAAAGUAGAGGGACUGAAUGAUGUGAGAGAUUCCUUAUCACCCACCAAGCUCGGUAUAGAGAGUAUUCAUUCAAAAGAUGACUUUUCAUUCCAUAGACAAGUCUCUGUGUCUGAGUUGCAUCAAAACUCCCAGUCUUUAAGGAGGAAAGAAGGACAUACGGCACAGUAUCGAAGCGUACGAAAGCUGGUGCUGAGUUUUCCUUGGGACCCUUAUAUUAACAGUGACCCGUAUAUUAACAGUGACCCUCAUCAAAAAGAUUGGGAAGCACUUUCCACCCACCCUAUUAAACGAAAGGGGGCAAGACGCUUUGGGCGUUCCAUAAGCCAUGAAAGUGGGCUUGGCUCAACAGAGGAACAGAAUGGACAAAUUAGUGGGCUAGCUCCAUCUGCCAACAGCCCCAAAAAGUCUCUGAGGGGAAGAAGUCGACAAGUGUUCGUAAGUCGCAAGAAUAUUACUCUCAGUAGCUGUGCCCAGAAAAGUCUAGAGACCACAAAGCCAGAUACAAAUGUAGUAGAUCCUGCAGGCCAGUGUUUCAUUAAUAACUGGGAUCUAUCGCUUGUACAACAAUUGAUGGAGGAAGAUAAACAAACUUACAGAAGUUCACCAAAAUACCCUCUAUCUGCCACCAGCCUGGAACCUAUCAGUGACUUAAUCGAUUUUUAAAAAAUGUCAGUGACAAAACAAACACUGACAAAAAGCACAUACAUAAUUAUCCUCUAUCACCAGAAGCUGUACAUUCUUGGGUCAUGUUUAUUGGCAGCAGAAAAGAUUUUCCAGUUCAUGUUGCCAUUGGGGAAAUAGCCAAUUUAUUGCAAAACGACCCAAACGCUUAAAAAUUGUAGGUACCAGCCUGACCAACAAGGCUAUUGUAUAUACUGAUUAGUUAGUAAAAGUAAGCUUAAUUUAGAUACAGAAUAAAUGGGGGAAAAUGAUUACGAUUCUAUGUAUGCGUUGUUAGCAUAGCAUCAGCCUUAUUGUAAAUAUACAGGGGUUUCAUAUUUCUAGGGGCAAUAGAAGUCAUUCCAUAUCAGUUGUGUAGUAGCAUAAAGGUUGUGGCAGCCGCCGAUGAUCAUUGUGUCUGUAAUCUUAACCUACAGAGUUAUGCAGUUGAUUUCACUGGCCGCUAAACUGAAACGCAAGAUUGUUUGUCCGCAAAUAGUGCUCUUUUUUCUUGUCUUUUUGUGUUUUCCCAUUUUUUCAUGUUUUUAAACUAUUCUUUUAAAAAAAAAAUUUAAAUAAAAAAUUGCCUAUUUUGUUUUAA